UCACCAACUGGGCUCAGUACUAUCCUGCGCCUGCCACAUACAUGCCUGAUAAUGUUGAUCCAUGCAUGUGUACCCAUCUGAUCUAUGCUUUUGCCACCAUGACAAAUAACCAGAUUGCCACCUUCGAAUGGAAUGAUGCAACUCUCUAUGGCUCCUUUAAUGGUCUAAAGAAAUAUAACAGUGAACUGAAGACUCUUCUGUCUGUUGGAGGGUGGAACUAUGGCACAUCUGGGUUUAACACUAUGGUAUCCAAUGCACAGAAUCGGCAAACAUUUAUUAACUCCGUCAUUACAUUCUUGAGAAAGUAUGGGUUUGAUGGAUUGGAUAUUGAUUGGGAAUACCCUGGAGACUCAGACAGAGGAAGCCCACCACAGACUCAACAGCAAUUCUCAGUCCUUCUGCAGGAAAUGCAUGAUGCAUUUGUGCAGGAAGCUGCCCAGAACAACUUACCUCGUCUGCUCAUCUCAGCUGCUGUGUCUGCUGGUAAAUCAACCAUUCAGUCUGGAUACCAGAUCCCUCAGUUGUCUAAUUACCUGGAUCUUAUUAAUGUAAUGACCUACGACCUCCGUGGUUCCUGGGAAGGUUUCACAGGAGAAGACAGUCCACUGUAUGCAGGUCCAGCUGAUCAGGGUGACUACAUCUACUUCAAUGUGGAAUAUGCUAUGAAUUACUGGAAGAACAAUGGAGCUGAUCCUCAGAAGCUGAUGGUUGGGUUCCCAGCUUAUGGCCGGACCUUCACUCUCAGUAAUCCUUCUAACAAUGGCCUUGGUGCCCCAACUUCUGGUGGAGGACCCGCUACACAUUACACUCAACAAGCUGGUUUUAUGGCAUACUUUGAGAUCUGUGGUUUCUUGAAACAAGGUGCUACAGUGGUAUGGAACAGCCCACAAGCCGUACCUUAUGCCUACAAGGGAAGUGAAUGGAUCGGAUAUGACAACCAAAAGAGUUUUCAGCUUAAGGCUGAAUGGCUUAUGAAGAACAACUUUGGAGGUGCAAUGGUUUGGGCUCUUCCUUUGGAUGACUUCAGUGGAAAUUUCUGUGGUCAAGGAAAAUACCCAUUAAUAAGCACAUUGAAAUCUGCUCUGGGAAUUUCAGCCCCAAAUUGUCAGACACCCACUAAUACUGUUGCACCAAACACAGCAGUCCCUUCAGCAGCUGCUCCAACUAGUGGUGGUGGUAGCGGAAGCAGUAGUGGAUUCUGUGCUGGUAAAGCCAAUGGUCUCUACCCUAACCCUAGCAACAAAAGUGGCUUUUAUAACUGUCUGAAUGGGCACAGCUACCAACAAUCCUGCCAGAGUGGCCUAGUCUUUGAUACCAGCUGCAACUGUUGUAACUGGGCAUAAGGAAACAUCAGCCUUGUUCAUUGUCAUCAACAGUCUAAAUAAACAUGGUACCAGAAAA